AUGGAAAACACAUCCACUUCUAAUUCAAGAUUUACUGAUCUCGGCGAAGAACCAUACAAACUCUUAUUGCCCAUUGAAGGCUACCAACAUAUGGAACUGAUGUCACUCGAAGAUGCGGUUCGACCACUCCAUCCCCUAGUUGACAAUUUAGCAAGAAAUGUGUGGAUUGCAAAAGAUAACUGUAAAUCACCGUCUGAUUCUCUAACAGUUGACCAAUCGGCAUCAAUCCAUCUGUACACCAUGGAGUGGAAACCAAGCAGUAAUAGUCUCUAUUCCAUUCUCAAUCGAACACUAAGGAAUGAGGAUCGUGACAGUUUGAUUCCAUGGUUUCCAUACCUCAAACUAUUUCUCACAGCUCUUCACAACAUACCGUCUGCCGACGGAGUGGUAUAUCGAGGAAGCAAUGCUCGUUUGAACAUGAAGUUCAACAGAGGUGACAAAUUUGUAUGGUGGGGUGUUAGUUCAUGCACAGAAUCGCUAGAUGUAUUGAACAAAGACCAAUUUCUUGGCAAGACGGACACCAGAACACUCUUCAAUAUCCAGUGCCACAAUGCAAAGAAGAUUCAGUUACAUUCACAUUAUAAACACGAAAAUGAAGUUCUUCUAAUGCCAGGAACAUACUUUGAAGUAAAAAGUAUCGCAGAUGAUGACUCGAACUUACACAUUAUUCAUGUUGAAGAAACAACUCCACCGUAUGUGCUUUGUGCGUCCCCAGUCGACAAACAAUCAUGCAAACACCAGCGACUAGAACCACAAUUGCAAAAACUUGAUUUCACUUCGGAACUAAAGCUGCAGGAGACCGCAAAUGACGAAGAAGACGCGCAAGUAUUGGCAGACGCAUUGAAACUGAAUAAAACUCUCACCACUCUUAAUCUCCGUGGGCAAAAAAUAUCGAGGAGUGAACUAUCUGAUGGAGGAGGUGAAGCACUGGCAGAAGCACUGAAAGUGAAUAAAACUCUCAUCACUCUUCAUCUUCGGUCCAACCAAAUAUCUGCUCGAGCAGGUGAAGCACUGGCAGAGGCAUUGAAAGUGAAUAAAACUCUCAUCACUCUUAAUCUUGAGUCGAACCCAAUAUUUGUUCGAGGAGGUCAAGCGCUGGCAGAAGCACUGAAAGUGAAUAAAACUCUCUCCACUCUUAAUCUUACAGUGAACGAGAUAUCUGAUGGAGGAGGUGAAGCACUGGCAGAAGCAUUGAAAGUGAAUAAAACUCUCACCACUCUUCAUCUUCAGUCGAACCAAAUAUCUGUUCGAGGAGGUCAAGCGCUGGCAGAAGCAUUGAAAGUGAAUAAAACUCUCACCACUCUUGAUCUUCAGUCCAACCAAAUAUCUGAUGGAGGAGGUGAAGCACUGGCAGAAGCACUGAAAGUGAAUAAAACUCUCACCACUCUUAAUCUUCGGUCGAACCAAAUAUCUGUUCGAGGAGGUGAAGCCCUGGCAGACGCAUUGAAAUUACCCCACCCAUUUACACGUACUGUUCUAUGGCGCUUCAAAUUCAAAGUUUUUAUCCACAAUGUAGCAUUGUAUCGUGGGCUUUUCUCUGUCAUUCAAAAUAAACGUCAGAGAGAUAAUUCUCGCGUAUCACAAACUCUAUGGAUCAAUGAUCGUGAAGAAAUAGUGGAAGAGGUAAGGGCGACAAUCGUUGAUUUUACCGAAGUAGAAGAGAGAGAUACAAUUGUUGAAUCACCGUUGAAAGAAAAGAAGAAACAACGGUAG